AUGUAUUUAUGCUUCGUGGAUUACGAAAAGGCCUUUGAUAAGUUAUGUUGGGGAUACUUGUGGAGUAUAGUGGCUAAAAUGGGAGUACCACAACAUCUGGUAGAUACAAUAAAAAGUUUAUACGACAACAGCCAAGCAGUUAUGAAGUUGGAUCGUAGUACUUCCGGCAUUUGUCAGAUAAGAAAAGGAGUACGUCAGGGCUGCGUACUGUCCCCAAUGCUGUUCAACAUCUACAGCGAAUACAUUAUGAGGAUUGUACUGGAGGAAUGGGCAGGCGGUGUAUCACUGAAUGGCUACAGAAUAUCAAAUCUGCAUUUUGUUGAUGACACAGUAUUGGUGGCCGCAAACCAGCUAGAACUGGAAGCAAUUAUAACAAGAUUGGAAACUACCAGUAGACAGUUCGGCUUUCGCAUCAAUUACAAAAAAACUAAAGUGAUGAUCGUUGAUCGCGAAAACAACAACCGCCCAGAUAUCACAAACAUAAACCGCUGCCAAGUUGUGAAACAAUUUAUAUCUUUAGGUGCACUUAUAUCUAAUACCGGUAGUUGCGAAGUGGAAAUACGCCGCAGAAUUCAACUGGCCCGUAACGCUAUGACGCAGCUCACCAAAGUUUGGUCGAACAAUCAUAUAAAAAAAUCGACAAAAAUAAACCUGCAGCCGACAGACGACGCAUUGACGCCUUCGAGAUGUGGUGCUGGAGGAGUAUGUUGCGAAUACCAUGGACAGCACAUCGCACCAAUGCACAAUGUGUCGGUCCUUAACGAAAUCCAAUUAUCACAAAGACUUUCCAGCACUGUCUAUAAACAUAUACUUUUCUUCUUCGGCCAUGUCAACAGGAGCGUGCACAUGGAGAGACUAGUAGUACAAGGAAGACCUGCAGGAUCCCGUCGCCGAGGCAGAUCACCAACCAGGUGGGUGGACAUGGUUGAAAAACUUAUGAAUACCAACCUGGAGGGAGCCGUUCGAAGGACAGAAAACAGGGAAAAUUGGAGACGGACGGUGUGUGCGGCCGUCAGGUCCUUAGAGCCAGAACCAGAGCCACUACACGUCGUAUGCGACGUACGGACUUAG